CCGGGCGCGCGGGGGCCGCGCCUCGAGCGCAGGCCGGGCCCGACGGGGCGAGCGGGACAGCGGGAGCGGAGAGCGCCCGGCGCUGGAGCGGUCACGGAGGUUCGAAUAGCUCAUAAUGAACAUCAUCACUGUCAAAUGCAAUGGAAGAGGGCAAGGUUGAAGAGGAGCAUGUCUAAUUGACCAAGAUGUAAACCUGUUUAAAUAUCUUUUGGAUUAUCUUCAUGGAGAAGUUCAGAUUCUUGGAGAUGAACAAGAUUGAACUGCACUGCAGGAGGAAGGAGAUUAUUUUGGAAUCCCUUAUCCAUACAGUCUGCCUGAUCAUUUGGCCAAUGAAAUGGAGACACACUCUUAAAGGUCCAGUAUAGAGCUUAAAAAGGUCCAGACAUUUCUUAACAUUUUUGAUGUUGACCUCUCUAACCUGUGCCAUUCAUUAGCACUAAACACUAAAGCUACAGAAUGUCCAAGUUAGGACUUCUUAGUGACCACACUAAAUCAUGAGUAAAUUCUGAGAGUUAAAAAAUCCUAGAGUUGAUAAUGCAGUCAGUAUAGUCAAGGUCACCAGCUUUUAUCAUUAUUGCGAUACAGCAACAGUUCAAAUGUGAGUGUUGCACAUGCAAGUCUGCUGCAGAACUUGUGUAUUAGGAAGAACAUUUAGGUUCCUAUUUGGCUUCAAAUUUUACUUGAAUUUGGAUUUGAUCUCUUCAAGUUGUUGGGGUUGGGGUUUCUUUUUCAGUUUUACAAAUUAUUCCUUAAACUCGUAAGACAAAAUGUACUCUGACAUUUCUUUAGAAAGAGAAAGGAGAAAAGAUAAUUAGUGUAUUAUUUAAAAUACUAAGGUUUUAGAGUAUUGUAACUUAAAAGCUACUUCUAAUUAACUGGUGGGAAAUUAAUUCAUAUUACCAGCUCUGGCUGUGUUAAUUAUGACAGUCAUCUGUGUUCCCUUAGCAAGUUAUUUUCCUCUGUAUUUCACAUUCUCCCUUACUUGUUUCCUUUUGAAAAGUGUAAAACAAUUCCAGGCCUUUCAGUUUCUCUGCAUGUUAAGGAGUUGCCCUGCCUUUAACUAUUUCUGUUGCCUCUGUCAGAAUUGUACUUCACUAUGCAUCUUUUGAUUAAGAUAGAGCUCUAUAUACUUCAUCAUCUUUAUAAUUAGGAUGCAUAUCUUCCUAAAUUUAGGCUGGGAACAUUAAUAUUUAUUCCAGAAGUAAUUGGCAACACAUCGAGUAUUGGUUCUCGUAGUGUGUAUUCUAGAAAAUAGGCUUUACAUAAUUAAUUCUGUAAUCAUUCUUCUAUGAACAUCUAUUCCUUCAUGAAUAUCCAUUUUUAGCAAUAGGCAUUCACAGGAGGAUUAGAAUGUCUUAUUUGAAUAAAAACAAAAUCAGAGUAACAUUUUCCUUUCUGCUUCAUGAAACAUUUACUGGUAAGUCCUUGUAGUUAGGAUUUGGUAAAAAGAAUGAUAUAUUUCACCAAUGGUACAUUUUUAAAGACUGAGAUAACUAAUGACAUGACUGUUACCUUUAAAACAAUAUUUCUAGAGAAGCUGGAAAUAACAUCCAAUAUAUCUGGAGCUAUUAUUCAGUAGCUGAGCUGAAAAAGAUGAUGGAUGCUUUCGAUGCCUGGGAAGGGAGAGGUGUCAGCUACUGGAGAGUGCCUCAGGAGCUGACUGAAUGUUGGACUCGGGAAGAACACCCUCUGACUGAGGGCAGUUUGCAUCAUAUGCCUCCAGUUCAUAAAAGACAAUUAAUUGACUAUACUGAAGUGGAAGGCUGUUUACCAGGUAAAGUGGGUCCCCAGCCAAUUAGAUUCUCAGGUCCCUCAACAAGUACCCACAUAAAAGUCAAGAAUUCAUCUUCAUUAAAGGUAGCUGCUUGCAGUGCUUCACAUUCUGCAGCAAUUCUUAAACGACCCCAUAGUGAAAGUCUGAUGCUGCGCAAAGAAGCUUCUGAAACCACAUCCACAGCACUCACAUCAGUGCUCAGCAAGUCCCAGGCUCCCCAUGGAAGGCAGAGUGCUGGCAAUGGGACACUGAGCCAAAUGCCAUUCCAAGCUGCAGGGAGUAAGAAGCCUGUGAACAACGGCGCAGUGAAGCUGAAAAGGACUCUGCUUUUUCUUGUGACACCAUCUCAGCCACCCUCUUCUGCGUCCAGUGAAACAAGUAAACAUGUUGCUGUUGAAAUUCCUACGACUUCUACAGUACUAAAUAAGAAAGAAUUAGCUGUAUUAGCAGAAAGUAUUACAUUUAAGAACCAUAAAGUGGAAGGAUAAUGUUUAACUCAGUCUGAUAGACUGGACAGCUCUGCAUUAUAUGGUCGAAGAAGUGAUCAUUAUCUCAUGUGAUCCUUCAUUCAAAGAUUAGAUAGAAAAUUGUGAUGAAAAAGAUAAUGAAAAGCACAGGAAGCACACUUGUUUUAAGUGAGCAUUGAAAUGUGUUUUCUGCUUUACUUCUAGAUAUUCUUUAGAUGCUGAGAAGAGAGGAAGAAAAAUGGAUUAAAAAAAAAUCACUCAAGCAAAUGCAGUUUAACAUUCCAGUGAUCCCUAUUUGUACUUCUGUUGGGCUGUACUGUAUAGUCUUUUUAGAUCAGGAGAACACAACCUCAGCUUGUGUGCAGCAAAGAAAACUUGUGUGCUAUGGUUUGAAGAAAAAGUCUCCUUCCUU